AUUUUUUUUUUUUUUUUUGUUUCUGAUCCAAUAUGUUCCCUCAAGCUGUUAAUGAUUUUUCCCAGAUUCCACGUCACAGUCACGUUUGUUGAGGGGAGCAGGUGCAGCGGGAAGCCCGUGAACCUUGAACUUGCAGCCUGGUAGCUGUCACUGUGACAUAGAGCGUGGGGCGGGCGUGACCUCACAGUUAGUCACUCUUUAACUGAGUCCAUGACUCAGACAUGGAAAAGCUAACUUUGGGCUCAAAGCCUGUCAGACAGGGUUGAUUCUUCUUUUUCAGGGGGGUGAGAUGAUGUUUCCCAAAGUCUCAUUUCCUGUCAGUUCACACACACAAUAAAGAAUCCAGGAGGCUGGCUUGUGGGCGGAGAGUAUGGUAAUAUUCUCCAGAGGAAGUGAGCACAGAGUAGAGGAAUGUAGAUGCCAUCAGUGGGAGCUCAGCUAACAGCUAGCCUGCUAAGAAAAGUUAGAGCUGCAGACGGAGAGCAGAGUGAUGAAAACAUGCCCCACUUCACAGUAGUACCAGUCAAGGAUCAAGACCAGUCCAACUACGACAGUCUAGAGGGGAUUAACUGGGUUGAUUACAGGGAUACUGGACAGGACAGCUUUGACCACCAAGACACAGUUAGUUCUGAUGGACAUGGCAAUCAUAAAGAAGACAGUCCAUUUCUCAGCAGUGCUGAUGCUGCAGGAAAAAGAAAUGACUACUAUGACAGGAACCUGGCUUUGUUCGAGGAGGAGUUGGACAUCCGUCCUAAAGUGUCCUCCCUACUCAGCCGAUUGGUCAACUAUACCAGUAUAACGCAGGGGGCCAAAGAACACGAAGAAGAGGAGAGCGCCGAUGCCUCACGGCAGAAGACGCCCAAGUCCCCCAACAUGGGCACCCUGAUGGGAGUCUACCUGCCAUGCCUACAGAACAUCUUUGGUGUCAUUCUGUUCCUCCGUCUGACAUGGAUUGUGGGAAUGGCUGGAAUCAUCCAGUCCCUCCUGAUCGUGAUCAUGUGCUGUUCAUGUACCAUGCUGACAGCCAUAUCGAUGAGUGCGAUUGCUACAAAUGGUGUCGUUCCAGCUGGAGGGGCGUACUUCAUGAUCUCCCGCUCUCUUGGCCCUGAGUUUGGAGGAGCCGUAGGGCUCUGCUUUUACUUGGGCACUACUUUUGCUUCUGCCAUGUACAUAUUGGGAGCCAUUGAAAUUUUUUUGAAAUAUCUGGUCCCUCAGGCAGCCAUAUUUCAUGCUACAGAUCCCCUCCGCAGUGACAGCGCCCUGCUGAACAACAUGCGGGUCUACGGCUCCCUGUGCCUCAGCCUGAUGGCUGUUGUAGUUUUUGUGGGAGUCAAAUAUGUCAACAAGCUGGCUUCUCUUUUUCUGGCCUGUGUCAUUAUCUCUAUUGUCUCCAUCUACGCUGGCGCAAUUAAAUCCGUCACUCACCCACCAGAUUUUCCGAUCUGCAUGUUGGGUAACAGGACUCUGAAGCUUGAUGGCUUCGAUGUGUGUGCUAAAACUGUAAUGAGCGGGAACAUUACAGAGCUCAGCCAGCUGUGGAACAGAUUCUGCCUGCCAGGGAACAUGAGCAGCACUCAUUGUGAUGACUACUUUCUCCACAACAAUGUGACAGAGAUUCAGGGCAUUCCUGGACUAGCAAGUGGAAUUAUCAGUGAUAACAUGUGGGGCAACUACCUACAAAAAGGGGAGAUUUUGGAGAAGGCGGGCCUUCAGUCAGUGGAUGCACACAGUUCCAUUGAGAACUUUGUCAAUUAUGUUUCGGUGGACAUCACCACAUCCUUCACUCUUCUGGUGGGAAUCUUCUUUCCAUCUGCCACAGGUAUCAUGGCAGGCUCGAACAGAUCUGGUGAUCUCAGAGAUGCUCAGAAGUCCAUUCCUGUUGGAACUAUAUUAGCUAUAACAACUACUACAAUUGUUUAUUUAAGUUCUGUGGUUCUGUUUGGUUCCUGCAUUGAAGGAGUUGUCCUGAGGGACAAAUUUGGAGACGCUGUCAAAAAGAACCUUGUUGUGGGGACACUCUCCUGGCCAUCUCCCUGGGUGAUUGUCAUUGGAUCCUUCUUCUCCACUAUUGGAGCAGGCCUGCAAUCCCUCACUGGUGCCCCAAGACUUUUACAGGCUAUUGCCAAAGACAACAUCAUUCCAUUUCUUAGGGUCGUUGGUCAUGGAAAGUCCAAUGGAGAACCAACAUGGGCAUUGCUGCUGACUGGUCUCAUAGCUGAGCUGGGAAUACUUAUAGCAUCUUUGGACAUGGUAGCUCCGAUCCUUUCCAUGUUCUUCCUGAUGUGCUAUCUUUUUGUGAACUUAGCCUGUGCAGUUCAGACUCUUUUACGAACUCCAAACUGGAGGCCACGGUUCAAGUAUUACCAUUGGGCUCUGUCAUUUCUUGGCAUGAGCAUGUGCUUGGCACUUAUGUUUAUAUCCUCUUGGUACUAUGCCAUUGUAGCCAUGGGCAUCGCAGGGAUGAUCUACAAGUAUAUUGAAUAUCAGGGAGCAGAGAAGGAAUGGGGCGACGGUAUAAGAGGACUAUCCCUUAGCGCUGCACGCUAUGCUCUACUGAGACUUGAAGCCGGUCCCCCACACACCAAGAACUGGAGACCUCAGCUGCUAGUGCUGCUAAAGCUCGAUGAAGACCUUCAUGUGAAAUAUCCCCGCAUGCUCACUUUUGCCUCCCAGCUGAAGGCAGGAAAAGGUCUGACCAUUGUAGGCUCCGUCAUUCAGGGAAAUUUCCUGGACAGCUUUGGGGAAAUGCAGGCAGCUGAACAGGCCAUAAAGAACAUGAUGGAGAUCGAGCGAGUCAAAGGUUUCUGCCAAGUUGUGGUGGCAGCAAAGGUGCGGGAGGGCAUCGUUCAUCUGAUCCAGUCCUGUGGUCUGGGGGGGAUGAAGCACAACACUGUGGUGAUGGGCUGGCCUUACGGCUGGAGACAGAGUGAAGACCCUCGAGUCUGGAAGACAUUUAUUAACACAGUCCGCUGCACCACAGCUGCACAUCUGGCUCUGAUGGUGCCUAAAAAUGUGUCCUUCUACCCGAGCAACCAUGAACGCUUCACAGAUGGCAACAUUGAUGUGUGGUGGAUCGUACACGACGGGGGGAUGCUAAUGCUGUUGCCUUUCCUGCUCAAACAACACAAAGUCUGGAGGAAAUGCAAAAUGCGCAUCUUCACAGUAGCCCAGAUGGACGACAACAGCAUCCAGAUGAAGAAAGACCUGGCCACGUUUCUGUACCAGCUGAGAAUAGAGGCUGAGGUGGAGGUUGUUGAAAUGCAUGACAGUGACAUCUCUGCAUACACUUACGAGCGAACAUUAAUGAUGGAGCAGAGGUCCCAGAUGUUGAGGCAAAUGAGGCUCUCCAGUGCAGAGAAACAAAGAGAGGCACAGCUGGUUAAAGACAGACACUCUCUGGUGCGGAUGGGCAGCCUGUACUCAGACGAGGAAGAGGAGGUCGACGUUCCCCUAGACAAGGUUCAGAUGACGUGGACCAGAGAAAAGUGUGAGGCUGAGAGGAAAAACAGGAGCAAUGCCCCAGAGAAUUUCAGAGAACUCAUGAGCCUCAAACCGGAUCAGUCCAACGUGCGAAGAAUGCAUACAGCAGUGAAGCUGAAUGAAGUGAUUGUCAACAAAUCCCAUGAUGCCCGAUUAGUGCUCCUCAACAUGCCAGGGCCACCUCGUAAUGCAGAUGGAAAUGAAAACUAUAUGGAGUUUUUGGAAGUGUUGACUGAAGGUUUGGAGAGAGUGCUGCUGGUGAGAGGAGGAGGGCGGGAGGUCAUCACCAUCUAUUCAUGAGGAGUCAGGAGCUGCAACAUGGGGAGCGGUUUUGAACACACCAGGACACAGUCUGUUUUCAGAAAAGAAGGCAGCACCUACUGUGCUUCUCAGCAGAACUACUCAGAUGCAUUCAUUUUAAACUUUAUGCAAACUGUUGAGUCUAAAAGAUAUAGAAAAACAAUGUAAAAAAAAAAAAAAGAAUACACAAAUGUGUACAUUUUAGUAUUUUGGCUACUGUAGAUGCUCAACAUAAUUUUGCUAUGGAUAGAGGGAAAAUAUCUGUAUUUUUGUACAAUUAUUACAAUACAAAGAAUUGUGCUAUUUAUACUGUUUGGAUACAUGAAAUGACUUCCAUGUUGGCUUUUACCAAAAGUUCAUAUUCAUCUUUACAUUAAAAAAAAUCCAAAAGUGCAAUAAACAAAUACAUUUAGUAAAAUAAAAAUACAUUCCUAAACAUAAUUUAUCAAUAAUUACCAGUCUCUGGACGAGCUGCUUGUUAAUAUAUAGGUCAAACUGCUUUUAGAAAAAAAAUCAGUGUUUGGCAGCUUUUAGAUAUGAAUUCUUUGGUUGUACCACACUGGGUGAUGCUGAAACAUGUUCUGAGGGAUUUGGGGAUUAAAAAUUAAAUUUAAAUUAAAUUAUGUGAGGGAUAACACCUCUUUGACAUUCACUCAUAAACCAAGUGAUAUUAUUUUCUUUACUCCUAAUCUUUUUUUUUUCUUUACACCCAAUCACAUAGUUUUCCAACACAAAACUACGGUUACAAAGUACAAAUAUUCAUAGAGGAGCAAAAAACAUUUUUUAUCAGUUUACUUAAGGAAAUGUUAUGAAUCGAAUAGAUUAUCGCCAUUUUUAUUUUUUAUUUUUAUCUACUAUUUAUAAAAUCUCUGUAUAAAGAGAAAAGAAUUCAGUCAGCAACUGCCUUCAUCUCAAUUUAAAAAUAAUUUUGACUCACCAGCUUGAGAUAUUACAGGUGUUUUAUGAGUAAAUAGAUCCUCAAAUUAGAGUCAAUUAUGAACAGAUGUUGAGAGCCUUGCUACAAACAUCAUUUGAAAAUCCAAAACAGUCAACCGAAGGAAACAGUUUGGAGUUUCUGAAGUCUGUGGCACUUCUGCACGCAACUUCAAGUCCUGUGUUUACAUAGAGAAAAUGUAAUAUAAAGGUAUAAACACAGGAUGAAUACACAGGCAUCAUAACAGGAAGGAAGAAAGCAAUUUCUGCCCCUCAGUUAUUGAUGUGAUUGGAUGUCAAAGAAAAACAUGUAAAUGGGGCCCAGAAUGACAACAAAGAACCUUGUGAAAAUGCAAGCUGAAACCAGUAUCACUAUCCAGUACUGAGUUUGUAAGCAUGUGACGGAAACCUAAAUAUAUGGGAACAAGUCUUGCUUUUGACGAGGUCAGAACGAUAAUGAAUUUAGUAUUCAGCUGUUUGGUUAUUGUAACCUUAAAAAUGUUCUCUUUCACAAUUCCCACUUUUUAAAAUGGAAAAGUGGUAACUGAAUAAAAUUCAAGAAGAUUCUUUCACAAUGUUACUGCAGGCAAACAGCCCCAAUGUUUAGUGUGUAGGGAAAAAAACUUUGCAUCAAUUUUUUUUACAUUCCAUUUUUACAGUUUUUUACAUAAAAUGUCUUGGGAUACAAUUUGGCUUGACCUCAAGUUUAAAUGAGAGGCUGAGUUGAAAUUUCUUAACACUGCAGAUCCAGAUCAUUUUCCAGACAAUAAGCAAACAACCAAACUUAAUUGAGCAAGUUUCCCUUUCAUUUUCUUGGCUUUCUGGUUGCAUUUAAAGUUCAGUGCAGAGGUUAGUGUAAAAGUGAGACUUGUGCCGUGUGAUGUAUAUUUAGCUAUUUUCAUUCUUUCUAGUAAAAUUAUUUUAGCAGGUUUUAAAUACAAUUUUCAAUUGGAAUUGUGAUAUGAUUAAACCUGAACUUAAGGCUGUUGAGCAACAGUCUGAUUUGUUGAGCAUGAAAAUAUCCUACAUCUGGUAAGAAAUUUGCAACAUUACCAUGAAAAUAUUUAUUUACAGGUCACUUUUUCCUUUUUGCCUGCAAUUUAGGUAGACAUUCAAAAUUCCUAAUUGUAAAUAAUGAUGCCUUCUGUGAUAAUGAGAAAAGUAUGUUCAGUUUGUUUUUGAUUCUUAACAUUUGGGAUGGGGUUGCUGUUUAUCAAUCCUGAAAUCAGACUGGCUUACAAAACAUCUGCAUACAAAAUUUAGGACAAACGUUUUUGUAAUAGACACAGAGACUGCAUGCAAACCUAUUGAAAUUUGUUUUUAUACUUUAUUUUUUACCCAUUAAUUUUAAGUGUUAUUUUUAUUUAUUACCUUUCUUGUGGCUGCCUUUUUAAUUUCUUAUAAUUUUUAUUUGAUACUUAGUAUCUUGACUGUUUAAAACAGUAUGUUUGCCCUGUGUUUUUUUAUGUUUUUCAUCUUCUGACAAGUCAAAAAUUGUUUGCUAAGUGUUUGUUUGCUAAGACUUUAUGAUCUCAAAUGAAACACAAAAUACAGAAUUGGGCUUUCCAUUGAUUUCUAUAUCAGUAAAACCAUGUUAUCUUAUGUCAUUCAAGGCCACAAAUAUGGGCUCUUAUUUGCACAAAGGAGGAAUAGUUUUUUGUGUGUGUCUUUUUAAAUGUAUUGUAAAUGUAAAUGUAAAAAAAAAAAGAAACUGUUUCAGUCAAAAUGCCUAAAAAGAUGGGAAAAAACAUGCUAGACUGUUAAAAAUUGAUGUAAAAGUAUUUUAAAAGGUUAAUAUCAUUAAAACAGAGCACACACA